CAGAUGCUCCGCCCGCAAAAGCAAGCAGGAAGAGGAGGUUUUCCGAGGUGGUGCUCCGGAAAAUCAGGGCCCUAGACCUCUCCACUUAUCCCAAUUAUCUGCGUGAUACUAGAAGAUAGAUCAGCGACAACGCGAGCCCCAUCUGGGUCAGGUUUGCUGGGAGACCGGAAGGCAAUGGAGGCCGGAGAGAGGAAGGAACGCUUUCUGAAACAAAGGCAAGUCUUGAUAUUCUUUGUUUUGCUGGGCAUCUCUCGGGCUGGUUCGGAGCCUAGGCGCUACUCAGUGGCGGAGGAAACGGAGAGUGGCUCCUUUGUGGCCAAUCUGUUGAAAGACCUGGGGCUGGAGGUCAGUGAUCUAGCUGCGCGGGGUGCCCAGGUCGUUUCCAAAGGGAAAAAAAUGCAUUUGCAUUUUGAUAGGCAGACGGGGGAUUUGCUGUUAAAUGAGAAACUGGACCGGGAGGAGCUGUGCGGCCCUACGGAGCCCUGUGUGCUACCUUUCCAGAUAUUAUUGGAAAAUCCCUUGCAGUUUUUCCAGGCUGAGCUACAGAUUAGGGACAUAAACGAUCACUCCCCAGUUUUCCUAGACAAAGAAAUAAUUUUGAAAAUUCCAGAAAGCAUUGCUCCAGGAACUGCUUUUCUAAUUGAACGUGCCCAGGACUUAGAUGUAGGAAGCAACAGUCUCCAAAGUUACACAGUCAGCCCCAAUUCCCACUUCCAUCUUAAAUUACAAGACAGUUCCGACGGCACAAUAUUACCACAGCUGGUGCUGGACAAAGCCCUGGAUCGCGAGGAACAGCCUGAGGUCAGAUUAACCCUCACCGCCCUGGAUGGAGGGACUCCACCUAGGUCUGCGACCGCCUUAAUCCGCGUUGAAGUCCUGGACGUCAAUGAUAAUGCCCCUGCGUUUGCAAAGCUGCACUAUGAGGUGCAAGUCCUGGAAAACAGCCCCAUUGGAUCCCAGGUUGCCAUCGUCUCUGCCAGAGAUUCAGAUGCUGGACUCUACGGAGAAAUAUCUUACGUAUUUUCCCAAGCAUCUGAAGAUAUUCGCAAAACAUUUCGAAUAAAUGAAAAAUCAGGAGAACUCCUUUUAACACAGGAACUGGAUUUUGAAUCUAUUCAGACCUAUACAUUAAAUAUUCAGGCAACAGAUGGUGGGGGCCUUUCUGGAAGUUGUGUGGUGUUUGUCCAGGUGGUAGACCUGAAUGACAACCCCCCAGAACUGAUCAUGUCAACACUCGUCAAUGAGAUCCCGGAAAACUCGAAGGAGACCGUAAUUGCUGUAUUCAGUGUUUCAGAUCCUGACUCAGGAGACAAUGGAAGAAUGGUCUGCUCCCUUCAAGAAGAUCUUCCUUUUACUCUUACGCCUUCUGUGGAGAAUUUUUACACUCUAGUGUCAGAAAGCGGGCUGGACAGAGAAAGUCAAGCCGAGUACAACAUCACUAUCACCGUCACCGACCUGGGGACCCCCCGGCGGCACACCCAGCACAACCUGACCGUGCGCGUGGCCGACGUCAACGACAACGCGCCCGCCUUCAGCCAGCCCGCCUACACCCUGCGCGUCCGCGAGAACAACAGCCCCGCCCUGCACAUCGGCACCGUCCGCGCCACCGACGCCGACGCGGGCGCCAACGCCCAGCUCACCUACUCGCUGCUGCCGCCCUCCGACCCGCACCUGCCCCUCGCCUCGCUCGUGGCCAUCAACCCCGACACCGGCCAGCUCUUCGCCCUGCGCGCCCUCGACUACGAGGCCCUGCGCGCCUUCGACUUCCAGGUGCGCGCCGCCGACCGCGGCGCGCCCGCGCUCAGCAGCCAGGCGCGGGUGCGCGUGCUCGUGGCCGACGCCAACGACCACGCGCCCGUCGUGCUCUACCCGCCGCAGAACGCCUCGGCGCCCUGCCCCGAGCUGCUGCCCCGGGCGGCCGAGCCGGGCUACCUGCUGGCCAAGGUGGUGGCGGUGGACGGCGACGCGGGCCAGAACGCCUGGCUGUCCUACCGCCUGCUGCAGGCCACCGAGCCCGGGCUCUUCGGCGUGGGCGCGCACAGCGGCGAGGUGCGCACGGCCCGCCCGCUGAGCGAGCGCGACGCGCCCCGGCAGCGGCUGCUGCUGCUGGUGCGGGACCACGGCGAGCCGCCGCUCUCGGCCAGCGUCGCGCUGCACGUGCUGCUGGUGGACGGCUUCUCGCAGCCCUACCUGCCGCCGCCCGAGGCCCCCGGCCGCGCGCCGGGCGCCGGCGCGGACGAGCCGCUCACCGUCUCGCUGGUGGGGGCGCUGGCGUGCGUGUCGGCGCUGCUGGUGGGGUCGCUGCUGGCCUUGGGGGCGGGGCGGCUGUGCCGGCGGGGCGGGGCGGCCUCGGCGGGGGGCGGCUCGGGGCCCGCGGAGGGCGGCGUCGCGGGCCAGCUGCUGGACGUGGGCGGCACGGGGACCCUGGCCCACGGCUACCGCUACGAGGUGUGCCUGGCGGGGAGCUCAGGGACUUUCAAGUUCCUCAAGCCUGUCAUCCCCAGCUCCCUUGCUCAGGGUGAGGAGAGGGUUAGCGAGGAAAACCCCAAUUUCAGGAAUAGCUUUGAAUUCAGUUAAGUAUUAAGAGUCUAUGAUGCUUAGUCUCAGUUAAUUUGUGGAAAGUCCUUUUUUACUGCCUUGCCCACUGGGGUUGUUUUUAUUUUAAAUAUAACUUAAACCAAUUCAGUGCAUGUUACUGGUGUUUCUCCAGGUGCUGCUCUGAGGUGUAAUGAAUGCAAAUUUUCUUUUGUUUCCUUACUGUUGAUUAGUCUCACUGUAACUUAAUUCAAUUUAAAGCGUGAAAUUCUGUAUUUUCACUAGCCUUUAAUUUUUAAGUUAGAGCACUCCCCCUUUUCCCCCCCAAAAUUCACCUCCCACAGUCCCUGGGUUAUUUUCUCAGUCUUACAUUUUUAAAGGUUUGCUAUAAGUAUAUGGGGUUCUUUUCCCUACCCAGAAUAUUUGUAUUUGUGUAUCUCUUAUGCUAGUUUAACUUUCUUCCUGUGAAUUCACAUUGGCUAAAGCCAUUAACGUGGGUAUAUGCGUGAAUAACAAGGCACCCUUGCACACUUUUCUAAAUAUAUACUUCCUUAAAGUGUU